GGAGGGAGGAGACAAGGAGGAGUCAGCAGGUUAUAAAAACACCUCCGCUGUUGCUCCAUCACCACCUUCCACGCACUCACUAUCAGGCAAUCUCCCUCCGCCGUCCUCUGCGGCUUGUGAAGCAGCGGGUCAAACAACGACGCCAACACUGGAGCUAUAAAUUUAACAACGGGGGCUCCCGUAUAAAACGCCGCAGCAACCUGACCAAACAGCGCAGUGAUCACUUGCGACUCUCUGAAACGACUUUCUGUUUUGGAGAAGUGUAAAUUGAUAUCCCCCCUAAAGGACCACUGCCGCCGCAUAUCUUCCACACAAAGAAAAAAAAAACCUCCCAAAUCGACCCAAAUAUGGUGCAAAAUAAGAUCACCGAAGUCACUGGAUUCCACCGCUCUUUCAAGGGCCAAAAUCCCUUCGAAUCUGACGACCUUAUGGAUUCGUCAUUUAAUUUUGAUUCCGACCCUAGACAUGACAUGCCCUCCAGCCAGCCUAUCGACAUCCCUGAUGCCAAGAAGAGAAACAAGAAGAAAAAGCGUUGCCGGGCAACUGACAGUUUCUCUGGACGAUUUGAGGAUGUCUACAGGCUGCAUGAAGAGGUGCUAGGAGAGGGGGCUUAUGCCAGAGUGCAAACAUGCUUCAACCUAAUCACCAACAAAGAGUAUGCUGUCAAGAUCAUUGAGAAGAGACCCGGUCACAGCCGUAGCCGUGUCUUCCGAGAGGUUGAGAUGCUCUAUCAGUGCCAGGGCCACAGCAAUAUCCUGGAGCUGGUGGAGUUCUUUGAAGAGGAAGACAAAUUCUACCUGGUGUUUGAAAAGCUUAGAGGAGGGUCGAUCUUGGCACACAUUCACAGGAGACGGCACUUCAGUGAACAGGAAGCCGGUGUUGUUGUGCAGGACAUCGCCAGUGCUCUAGAUUUCCUGCAUAACAAGGGAAUGGCACAUAGAGACCUGAAACCUGAGAACAUUCUCUGUAAGAGUGCAGACAAGAUUUCCCCGGUCAAGAUCUGUGACUUUGACCUGGGCAGUGGGAUCAAGCUGAACAGCGACAGCUCACCCAUCUCCACCCCUGAGCUCCUCACUCCAUGUGGCUCAGCAGAGUACAUGGCACCUGAGGUGGUUGAGGCCUUCAGCGAGGAGGCCACAAUUUACGACAAGCGCUGUGACCUGUGGAGCCUUGGAGUCAUCCUCUACAUCAUGCUGAGUGGCUAUCCACCCUUUGUAGGCCGCUGUGGAGGUGACUGUGGCUGGGAAUUAGGGGAGCCCUGCCACACCUGCCAGAACACACUGUUUGAGAGUAUCCAGGAAGGGAAAUAUGAGUUUCCAGAGAAAGACUGGGCUCACAUCUCCUCAAGUGCCAAAGACCUAAUAUCCAGACUUCUAGUUCGGGAUGCCAAAAACCGCUUGAGUGCCAGGCAGGUGCUACAGCACAUCUGGGUCCAGGGGGGCGCAUCUGACACUUUAUCAACAUCCAUCCUGCAUCAAAGAACCAGCAAUGCCAGGGAUCUGACAUUCUUUGCUGACAAGGCCAUGGCUGUGAACCGGCAGCUGGCUGAACAAGAUGGCAUCGAAGACCAGCAGCAGCAGGAAGCCCCGUUUGUUGUUACCGCUACUGGCUCCUCUGUGCGCCUCUCUCUUCUUUCCAACUCAAAGCUGGCCAGGCGCAGGCAGCAAAACAGCCAACUCAAGGAAGGGGCCGUCUCUGCUGCAGAGCUUCGUCAGCUCUUGGCCCCUCUAGUUAUUAUGGGAGACUGUGCCUGAAUUGUCAAUCGUGACCUCCGACCUUCCGUUAAGAUUAAAGUCCAGAUAUAAGACUACCCGAGACACUUUCUCCCCAAUCCUGGCCCCCCUCUCUCACUCUAGCUGGCCUUGGUUCCUCUGCCAUUCGGGCUCUCUUGCCUCGCUGUAAAGGGAGAUGCUGCUUGCAGCCCUUCCUCUAAAUGCCUUCUUCCCUUCUGCAGCACUUCUGAAGCACAUCAGCCCAAGGUCUGCAUAUAGCAAACACAUGUGCAUGUCAAGGUUGGGGAGGAGGGCCAGUUUAUGAUUUUGGAGAGGGAUGUUUUAUGUUUGUUUUUUCUCAUAAAACUCAGUUUAGAAGAAAGCAGAACACUUAUCUUCGAAACUAAGUUCAGACACCAAAGGACAACCUGUUGUGGCGCUCCCACGUUACAACUGGAUCCACUGUGAAUUAAGUCAUCUGGAAUGUUUUCUUUGCCUGUAUGUGUAUGCAAUGGCCCAUCUGCACAUAGGUACACGCUUAUGCAAUAUGCCAAGAUGAAGGCUGUUCCUGUCUCGAAAGGGAUUCAGGUUAAGGGUUUGGAAGGGGCUGUAAGCCAAUGCUGUCCGUGCCUGGUGCGGUCCAUUAAUAUGGCUGGGGACUUCAAAGCUUUAUGUUUCCCUUAAGAUAAAUUCCUUAACUCUGAGCCUCUUCUGGAUAUAAUUGAGAGACACACACUCAUCUAGCUUGGUAACCACGCACUUAAUGCUCUGAGAGCAAAGAAUGUCUGUAGCCAGCCAUGACUUACUGUUGCACCCAUUCAUACAGUAUAUCACAUGAACAUACAUGCCAAAUUAUCUGUGGCUACAUCUGUUGGUGUUUGAGAUCUGUCAAGUUCAAUGGUAUUGAAUUAAGCUAUUUUACUUUUGUUAUGAUGCAUGGCCACCCCAAAACUAAAUGUCUGAGCUAGCUCUGAAGUAUAUCUGCUAUGUUGGUACAACUUGAUGUUAAAUGGCUAGGCAAGUGAAAUUGGGUCUGUUACUUUCAUUGUAAAGAAUUCAUGAAAUGUCCCCAUGCCAAAACGGAACCUAUUUUUGUUUCUACAAAUUAAUUGAUGCAUUGGCGUUGACCUUGAUUUAUUUUGACGGUAAAGGUUGAAACUCCUUUUUGGGGGUUGAAGAGACACUUUGGGCCAAUGUGACCACGUGUCGUUGUUUGAUUAUCCCCCAAAGAUUCAGUGUUUGUUUUUGACACACUUCAAAAUAUUAAAUUCUCAUUACAAAAUAAGCAGUUGAGAUUUUUCUAAAAAGAAACUUAAAGGAAAAACAUUCCACAAAGAAAAAACUAAGUCUUCCACAAAUAUGUAGCUGUAUUAAGUUUACUUUAUUUUUCAGGUUUGAAAACUGUCAUUGUGCCACACUGAUUCAUUUUUUUUUUUUUGUAUAGUCAUAAGCUCUUACUUUUUUUAUUUUUUAUUUUUUUUCCCCAAUGCAGGUGCCGUUUAGUUCAGGUUAAACACCGGAUGUUUUCCUUUUGUGAUUUUUAAAAAAUUCAGAGUAUGUGGCUUAAUGAGGUGAUAUGGAAAGAGUUUGUUUAGUUGAUCUGGAGCGUUCAUGCCCAGUGAAGGAGAGUUACUUUUUUUUUUUUUUCUUUGAAAGAGUUGGCAAUCUUUUAUUAAGUUAAAGCUCAUUCUGUAGUGGACAGGAAAUGGACAGGUGAUGAUGUCUCACCACACUGUAGCCAUUUCACCAAAGAGGGUUCAAGUUAUGACAUUGAACAUGUGAUCGUCACUUAGCGAGAGGUGGACUUCUGAUUGUCCAUGCCCUGUUGCCAGCAAUGCAGCAACGGUACUCUGGAAAUUGCUCUCUUGGUAUCAUUAUGCUGAUAAAAGGACACUGUACUAGUUCUAAACUUUCUACAGAUGUGUCGUUAUGGGGGUUUUAUGUCUUAUAAUAAGACUUACUUGAAUUUGUAUGCAGCUGUUUCUGCUCCAUUUGGGAAACUGCUUUGCUAUCUCUAAUCUCAAAUCAUUAAGCUGAUCAAGGCAAUCUUGGGGUUUUAAAAAUACCUACAGUUCAGUAUUCUGCCUUCUCCCUGUUGAGCAUCACAUGAGUAAGUUCCUACUUUUUUGAUAGGGUUGGAUACUCAAACGCACAGAUUUUGGCCAUACUCUUUAAUAUCCUUAAUGGAGUUUUCUUGGUCAUGACCAUUUCUACUUUUGUCAAAUGGCAGUAGCUUUUUGGACUGCCUUUUAUUGGGGGGGGGGGGCAAAGUUAUAUCCUUAAGCCUUGCAAUUUUUAUAUUGUAUGUCAUUUUGAAGAAAGUGUUCAAAUCCAGUCAUUCAAAUGGACAGUCCAUCAUCAACUUCCCCAUGAUUUGAAUGUAGCCCACAGGGAAAAGCAUUUACAAUCCAGCAACAUUGAUCAAAUGUUUUAUACGUGGUUAAUUUCAUGAACAUUGUGUGGGGUUAUUCUGUCUACGUUGAUUCAGUCCUUUCUUUAUUUUUAAUGGAGAUGUUGACAGUCUGAAUCACCCAAAGCUCAUUGUUUUCAUGGGAAGAAAUUACAAUAAAUACAUCCUUUAAAUACAAAAUA